AUGACAUUCCUUCACAGAGUUUGCCUGCUUCUGUUGGCUCGAGUCACAAUAGCGGCGCUUCCUCCCGAUGACAACUUACAACGUUUGAUGGAUGAGUUGGCUCAAUGCAUUGAGCUCCCUUCGCCUGGAGUUGAUAAUCUAGAUAUUCCCCAUUCGGGACAUAUCUCCACUUAUUCCAUGGUAUCAGGGCCAGACUUGAUGCAGGAGUUUUGUCCAAUGAAAUCCUUUCCAUCUAGUGGUAUUGAUGAACAUCCCCUACAGGCCAAUAUUGAAGGUCGACAACUAAAGCGAGCAAGAAUGAAUGACAAGCCUAUUAUGCCCAUGCGCAAUGAUCAAGGACAAGAUGACCCACCUGAAGCUGGGCCUUUUCACUCACGUGAUGAUGCUCGAUUCUCGGAAGUUGUGCAGAUUCUUUCUCCGGCUGAGCUUGAUAAUGCCAUUCAAGGGAUAUUAAAACCUCAUCCUCCAGAAACCCAACUGAAAAUCUUACGUGAAAUUUCCCCUCCAUCACCAGGGCUGUUGGUUGGAUCGAGUAAUAGAAGGCAAAAAAUUGAAUUCGGUCAUCAAGUUGAACAAUACCAGAUGUACUACCUGGAUACGAUGAAAGGGAUAUAUCAGGAUGCUGAAAUAUCAAUUGGUUCCGGGCCAUUGAUGAAAAACAUAGGUGAUUGUCGUGUUUUCGAGAUUCCCCUCCGAUCAGCCAAUGUUUGCUCUUCAGAACUCGGUGCAUUAGUGCUUCCAUCAGCAUCUCAGCAUGAAGUUUAUCCUAUUGAGAGAUUGUUCACAUUUAUGAGAAAUUUACAAAAAUGGUUGACCCGAAUCCACAGCAUCCUCUGGAGGGACCUCAAAGGAAAUCUUGAUUGCCAAAUUGACCAUCAAAAAUUGAUGCUCUGGCUGUUUGAAGAAGUAUUCAACCCUAAAAAUAGUAUCCCUGUGUUGGGUAGGACACACCUAAAGAACUUGGAUGAAGGCCACUUUGGACCUGUACAGAUUUUGAUCAUUAACCUACUUCAAGAACAACAUUGUUUCUAUAAAACUUCCCUUGGGAUUGCAGCCAUAUGGUUCAAGAACAACUUUCCUGAUGAAUGGGAUCUCCACUUCAAAAUAGAUGAUUUGUUUUGGAUCUGGGCACAUGUUUUACUAAGUGAAGAUAUUUCCCCUGUUGAAGCAAGUGAGGAUGUUGGAUUCAUUCAACCCAAGAAGGAUUUAAAUGUUGAAAAAUACAAAAAGUAUCCAAUAUCUAGAAGACCCAAACAGAGUUCAUCCAAAUCAGAUUAUGAAGUUUCAAAGUAUGAUUUCAAAGUGGAUUUUCCAAGUGGAAGCUCUGUAGGGAGUUUGUCUGAAGAACAAGCCCCCCAAGGCACAAACAACUUCUUCAAUGAAGAUCCUUAA